AACAAAGAUCUCCAGCGUUGCAUCAAGAAGAAGAAGAGAGCUAGCAGGCCAUGGCAGCGCUGGUGGAGAGGUGGGCGGGGUUGGGGUCGGCCAUGGCGAGCAUCAUCUUCCUGUGGUCCAUGGUGCAGAACCACAUCCCGGUUACCCUCCGCCUCUACCUCACCGCCUGGGCCGCCAAGCUCGUCGCCUGCUUCAGCCCCUACCUCCAGAUCACCAUCUUGGAGAACAGCGCCGAGCGCUUUCAGCAAAGCGAGUUCUUCUACGCCGUCGAGGCCUACCUCAGCGACGCCUGCGCCCACCGCGCCAGCAGGCUCAAGGCCGAGCUCGGGAGCGACAGCAGCAACCUCCAGGUCUCUGUGGACGACCAUGAGGAGGUCACCGAUGAGUUCUCUGGUGUGACGCUCUGGUGGUACGCUUCCAAGAAGCAUUCCAAGGGGAAUGUCAUCAGCUUCUACCCUGGCGAGGAUGAGAGACGCUUCUACAAGGUCGUCUUCCACAGAAGCCACCGUGACCUCAUCGUCGACUCCUACCUGCCCUUUCUCCUCGCCGAGGGACGCGCCGUCAUCGUCAAGAACCGCCAGCGCCGCCUCUUCACCAACUGUGGCGGUAGACGGAGGCGCUACCUUCGCAAUAGCGUUUGGGACCAUGUUAAGUUUGAACACCCGGCCACGUUCGACACGCUCGCCAUGGACACCGACCAGAAGGAGGCCAUCAUGGACGACCUCAUCGCGUUCAAGGAUGGCAAGGAGUACUACACAAAGGUUGGCAAGCCAUGGAAGCGGGGGUACCUAUUGUACGGCCCGCCCGGCACCGGCAAGUCCACCAUGAUUGCCGCCAUGGCCAAUUUCCUUGAUUACGACGUCUACGACCUCGAGCUUACGUCGGUCAAGAACAAUACCGAGUUGCGAAAGCUCUUCAUCGAGAUGACAAGCAAGUCCAUCAUCGUCAUCGAGGACAUCGAUUGCUCCAUCGACCUCACUGGUAAGCGCCGCAAGGACAAGAAGGCCUCUAGUAACAAGGACUCUGACAAUGAAUAUGAACCCGACCCGACGGAGCCGCGGAAGGACGAUGAAAGCAAGGUGACGCUCUCAGGCCUACUCAACUUCAUCGACGGGCUAUGGUCAGCAAGCGGCGGUGAGCGGAUCUUCAUCUUCACCACCAACCAUAAGGAGAAGCUGGACCCGGCGCUAAUUCGGCGGGGUAGGAUGGACAAACACAUCGAGAUGUCCUACUGCCGCUUUGAGGGCUUCAAGGUGCUCGCCAAGAACUACCUAGAUAUCGUCGAGCAUGUGUUGUUUGGCGAGAUCCGGCAGCUGCUCGAAGAGACCGACAUGUCACCGGCCGACGUGGCAGAGAACCUGAUGCCCAUGUCAAAGAAGAAAAAGAAGGACCCGAACAUGUGCUUGGCAGGCCUCAUCGCGGUGCUCAAACAAGCCAAGAAAGACGCGGUCACGACUGCAGCAGCGGCAAAGGCGAAGGAGGAAGAGGAGGCAGAAGCAAAGAAAGCCAAGGAGAAAGAGGAACCGAAGGAAGACAAAUGAAAGGAAAAAAACAUGACAGGAAGCCAGGUAGCCAACCAAGACAUCAAACAAGUUUUUGCUUGUUCACUAGUGCUUGCUUACAACAACAAAAAGGAUGUAUAGUGUUUGUUCAAAUAAAUUAUGU